CGUGAGAGGGGAUGGGUUUCAACAUGUGCAUUUAUUUACUACCUCCACUCGUCUAGCCAAAGUCUUCGCCAGGAGUGUUUGAGAGCGUGUGUUACAGAGGUUUAUGUUACCACCACGCCACUCAGGAUCGUCGCACGCCUCAGCAAUGCUCCCGUCGCUCUGUGCAUCUCCAGUCCACGUCCAGUGCUGAGAUUUUUCAACCUUGCAUGUGUCUGUGUGUGUGUGCGAGUGAGUGUGUCGAGGCUCAAGGUGGUCAGCGGAUCCAGUCAGUCGGUUGUCAAGACUUCAAUAUUCUAAGAGUGACAAUAAGCAACGACCGCCUCACCUCCCGCCGCCCUUCAGCCUCCCGUGCACCGAUGCUCACCUGAACAGCGACCUCUGACCUACAAACUCAUAAUGGCCGCGCCCUCCACCAGAUGGCUGUGCCUGCUGCGGCCUCUUUUCUUCCUCCUCCUCCUCCAGGGCUCCAGAGUCGCGGCUCAGCUGACCAUUGGCAGUGCUGAUUCCUUCCUUCCGGAGCACCUGGACGCCAACGCUGUCUCCACCACUGGUAAAACUAUAGAGGUUACUCCGCUUUCUGAUGCCUCAGUCACUAAUGCUGCUGCUGACGCUGUUGCUGACGCUGCUGCCGCAGAAACUGCCUCUGAUGCCAACUCACCAGGGGCGAGCGAAGCUGAUGAUUACUUAUUCACAGCCACAGACUCACCCAGCGAAGAUACAACUCUUCCUGACUUUGACGACUAUACUGUAGACGGGACAGAGACGACAACAAAGUUCAGCACCCCAGAGAAUGACGUUACCGAGCCAGGGAAAAUAGCAGAUCUUCCUGACUAUUUGGUUGACGGUGAACAAGGGGACAGUGUGACGACCGCCUCCUCGGACCUCACGCGGCGCAUCGUAUUCACAGGUCCCGACGCCACUGCCACCACACCGUCGGUGCCGCUACAGUCCACGCGCCCGUCUUCAGUGCUGCGUGAACUCAAUGACCCGACAACAGCUUCAUGGCUCCCAAACUGGCCCUCGCACCUCUUGGAAGCCACCAAAGAGUUUCGAAGACCUUCAGUAAGAUUUCCUACAGGUCCACCACCAACAGCCACCCAAGACACCACUCUGGCUUCCUCCGCCACAAUCUCGCCUUCCUACACUGUCACCAAAGUUCCUGUCACUCAGUAUUACUUUGACCUGGCAUCUGUUAACCCAACACCCAUCCCAGGCCCGCUGUUUGACCGCGAGACUGUCACCACCUCCUCGUCAGUGGUGUCGUCUGUACUCCCAGAUGUGACGCAGCCUCUAGAAUCAGAGGAUCUCCCGUCGAGCAUAUCGGAGUUACAAUCCAGUGUUCUGGUGGAUGCAGCGGAACCACCGGUGACGUCCACUCCAGCAUUACCUCCCUCCACCACAUCGAUAGUGGUAACAACAGACGCAUUUCAAUCCAUCACCCCGUCUGCUACCACAGAAACGGUGCCUCCAACUUCUACUGUUUUGAAUGAGGUGGUGGAAGGGCACCUCGAUAACACACUAACUGAAGAAUCACAAACCAGUGGUACGGCUGUCAAGGAAACUCCAGAGACUUCUGAAGUGAUGCCCUCAGGAUCUGGUUCGACCCAGAGUGGUUUUCAUAGCGAACAUUCAGAAAACACAACUACAGAAGACCCAGACAGCCUCUUCUCCCUUGCUGCCACGAGUGAGGCACCUCAGCCAACAAACAUCUCGCAACCUGUUACGCAGCCGUCUACUUUGCCAGCGCCGUCAACUAAUAGUGAGCCUCUUACUACCACAAGCUCAACCACCCCUGGUAGUGUAAAGCCGUCGUCUGCCCGUACUUCACCAGCAGCAAAAACCUCUAGAAUUCCUUUGUGGCAACGUCUGUCGCAGUCCUCGCCUUCUAGACCAAACACCCAACCUUCCAGCACCCCGCUCACUCCCUCCAACGCUGCCACUCUUGCUGCUGAUGCAGUGAUGCCUUUAUCCUCUGCUCUCCCUCCUCUACAGAGCACAUCAGUAGAGCCUCCUUUGGCAUUAGAUGAGUCCUCUCCCGUCCUUGCACCCUCUCCUCCCCGAAAUGAAUCCAUCCAAGAGCCCGUGAUUCCAGACGAACAAGAUCCUCCCACUCCCUUAGAUAUUGAUGAUCCAGAUGAGGUCUUAACUAGGGCAAUGAAGAGUGAGACUGGAAGUGUUGUUCACAACAGCACAGAGCCUCCCAGCUCGGCCCUAGAACCCACAGAGUAUCCCCUUGCAGACACUCCUGAACUGAACACCAACACAGAGGCUCCCCAGAACACCACGACUCAAGAUUCCAAUGUAGAUACACUUUCCCCUGCUAGUAUUGACCAACACAGUUCAGUAGAUAACACCAGCAAUGUAGAAGUUGUAGAUAAUGCACUAGAUGGCACUCACCCUAACACCUUACCAAGCUCUAACACAUCAGAAAACAAAACACAACAUGGAAACGGUAUUUUUGAUGAUCCAAAGGUAAGCGAUGAUGAACCCUUGCCAAUCCCAGUUCAAGGUGAGAAGGAUCCUGUUGUUGAUCCUUCUGAGAUUCCUGUUACACUUGCCCCGACUGUAAGUGUCACUUGGACUCCAAUAAUAGAGGAGACAGAGAGCGUCCCCCUCCCUACCUCCACCGCCUCCGUGCCCAUUGCCACAACUGUUGUGACCCAAACACCCCCAGAGAUCCUUACUGGCUUCACCCCAAUCAUAAGUGCGACCCACACUAUCCCCACGUCCCAGAGUGAACUAGUGCCAGAUGGUAGUGCCACUAGUGCUUCAUCAGCCUCUACAGUUGAGUUUGUCGACAGCAGCACCACCACCAGUGCACCAGCUCAAGACCUUAGCACCCCGUCUGCACCUUCUAGCACCCUUACUGCUUCAUUAGCUCCCACUACUGUACACAAAACUGACAGUGAGUCACUUUAUGAUUCUUCUAUUACUGAAUCUGUUUAUCAAAGUGUGAAGAAAAUAGAUAAAAUUUUACCUUCCUCUGAUCUCCUUCCUUCAACUCUAUAUAUCUCUGAAAUGGAGGAUACUUUAGCUGUCUCUCAGACACCAACAUUCACAGGACCCCUUAAAACUUCUUCCUCACCAGAAUUUUUAGUCCCUGAGGUAGAGUCAACAGUAGUAGAGAGCCUUCUGGAGUCCACUGUCUUAGCCACAGAAGAUUACCAUUCGUCUCCAACACUUCCUGUCCCAGAUAUUCUCCCUAGCCCCUCUGAGACCAUAGUACCUGUCCACACCUCACAUAUCACACACACUAACUUGUCUUCUGUCCCUCCUGUUUCUUUCAGUGUCCCUCAGUCCACAGUUUCCCCAACAUUCCCUGAGAUAUCUGUGACAUCUUCCCCCUCCAGACCUCAUGAAGUUUCAAAAUCUUUACCUUUUGUCUUCUAUCAAUCUCUGCCAGAAUCCACAGUCUCUCCUGUUUCUCCAGACAUGCCACUUUCUUCACCUGUCCCUGUCCUCCUUGAUGCCCCAGUGUCCUCAAAUGUUCUUGAUGUUCCACUGUCCUCAGGUACCCCCAUCCCUCCCGAGGUCCUCGUAUCUUCCCCUGUGCCUGUCCCACUCGACGUUCCAGUAUCUUCAGCUGUCCCUGCCCCUCCCGAUGUCCCAGUAUCUUCAGCUGUCCCUGUCCUUCCUGAUGUCCCAGUAUCUUCAGCUGUCCCUGAUCCUGAUCCUUCAGUAACAUCAACUGUCCCUGUUCUCCCUGAUGUCCUUGUAUCAUCAUCUGUUCCUGCCUCUUCUGAUGUCCCAGUAUCAUCAGCUGCCCCUGUUCUUCCUGAUGUCACAGAAUCUUCAGCUCUCCCAGUGCCUCCAGACACCUACGAGUCUUCAGUUACUCCUGACGUUGUAGUGUCUUCAGCAGUCCCUGUCCUGACUGAGGUUCCUGUUUCUUCUGCCACCCCAAUGUCCACUGCUGUUCCCAUGCUUCCCGAUGCCCCCAUUUCCUCAGCCUCCAUAGCCAUCCUCCCCACCCCGUCCCUCCGUCCUACCUCCGACUCACCCACUUUGGUUGUCCCGACAGCCACAGACGAUCCCAUCCCUACUCUGUUACCACAACCGCUGCAUCCUGAAGAGGGAGGGGAAGAGGAAACACACGAGGAGAUGCCAGUGAAGGAGGAAGCAUCAGAAUCUGAGAUGGAGCCUCCACCACUUCCAGCAACCACUCUCUCCAGCCCUUCCCCACCAGACACCACUACAUCUACCACCACCACUACCACAUCCUCAACCACCUCCAGCACCACCACUACCAUGACAACCACUGCCCCGGAGAAAGUUCCUGAGACUGAGGCACCUGCUGUGAAACCAACAACAGCACCAGCACCAGACACUACCACAGCAUUCAUCUUGCCAGAACCAGAAAUGAACAACACAACAGCAGCACCUGGUGAGAUACCGAUGCUCACCACCACAACAGUGCUGGACAAUGGCACAGAGGUUGUGGUGGCGCUGCCGUAUAUCAGGGCACUGGUGGACUACAAUGCCAGGGAAUUUUGUCAGCACCAGGAUGAGUUCCGCUCCCUGUUUGGAGAGUGGAUCACGCAGGACCUGAACGGCAGUGUGAAGGUAAUGCCGAAGGACAUCAGAUACUUUGCCAUGGCCGACUGCCCGUCCUUCCCAUCAAGCCAGGAUGGCCAAACUAGGCAUGAGGAUGCAGGUACAAUGCAGGAGAAGAACCACACCCAUGUCUACUUCUACAUCACCAGCAGCUCUGGGGAGGUGGACCGGGAGCUGACAGAGAAGUUCCCACUCUUCCCCACUGACCUGGUGAUCAGCGAAGAUCUCAAGUAUCUGGUGCCCAGGGUGAUGCAACUGGAGGUGGUUCGGCCAGAUGAGUCUUCCAGCCAGGACCAGGUGCAAGAGGCCGCUGUGGGCACGUCUGUCAUCGUCAUUAUUGUCAUCUGCAGCAUCGUUGGAGUCACUAUCAUUGUUGCCCUUUUCUUCUUUAUGGUUGUCAAGAGACGUGGAGCCACCAACAACUACUAUGGCCGCCGCUGCACGCCGGUCAGCAUGGAUGCCUACAGCAUGGACAGUGUCUCUGUGUACCAUUCCUUCAGGAGGAAAAGCAAGAGGCGAGCAUCUGGCAGAUCAAUGAAAUCCUAUCUCAACCAGGCCUUUGAUGACCCGAAUGGCCCAUCACGUCCCCUCAACUUUGCCAAGCUGACGCACUUCAUCUCAGACAUUGAUGGUGUCUAUGAGGAGUUUGCAACCAUUCCUGUCAACAUGCCUAAGUAUGAUGAACUGCCACCUGGUGUUGAGGACAAAAACAGGUACGCCAAUGUAAUCCCAGUGCCAGAGACCCGAGUGCUCCUCAAGGUGACCAAGGAUGGCAGGAACUGUGAAUACAUCAAUGCCAACUUUGUGCGUGGCGCCAGGAAUGAAUCCAAGUACUACAUUGCCACGCAGGCACCUCUUGAUGACACUGUGGCAGACUUCUGGCGGAUGGUGUGGGAGCAGGAGUCACGAGUGGUGGUUAUGCUGACGGACUUUGUGGAGAAAGGCAUUGACAAGUGUGCAGAUUAUCUGCCACCCUCAGAGACCCUGGACUGCCACAGGCUAUACGGGGACUUCCAGGUGACCCUCAAGUCCCGUGACAUGAGGGAGAAGUUUGUGGUGUCCAACGUGCAGCUCAAGAAUCUGGAGAAUAAUCUAAUGCGGGAGGUGGCACACAUGUGGUUCACUGGGUGGCCAGCCUCAGGGGUGCCCAAUGAGGAGGGCGCCUUCAUCUCCUUCAUCCUGGAAGUGAGGAGGACCCGCAAGAAACUGAGGGCAAAGGGACCGAUCGUCGUCCACUGCAGCCCAGGCACUGGCCGCACGGGAACCCUGCUGGCCAGCGACAUUGUCAUGAAGCAGUUUGAGGAGCACCGUACCAUAGACGUGCCCCGCACCGUGUACGCCAUCAGGAGGGACAGAGCGGGCGCCGUACAGACUAAGGAGCAGUACGCCUUCAUCUACAGGGUGAUCAACUUGUAUGCUUCAAAGCUCACCUCUGGAAACCUGGAGUCUCUGUAGUGGCUCGGCUGCUACCCCAGCCAGGCAUUGCUCCCCUCCCCAGCAAAUUGCACUUUUACUGCUGGUUCGUUCUGAGAGACACCCAGACUGUGGUCCAGUGAGUGCCUCCAGUGACAGGAGUGCAAUACAUGUCAAAGUCCGAGCGCCGUGUCAACACAUUAUGCAUUUAAACUGAAUAUUUUGAUUAUUAUAAAUAAAUGUAUAUAUUCAUAGCAUAUCAUCCUAUUAAUUUUAAUAAUGACACUAAGCUUUAUAAGAAUAUUUAUGCAUGAGACUUUCCAAAAUGACAGUCAUUCAUGUACAAAGAGAUAGAUCCAUUAUGAUCCACGUACGUAUAUAUUCACCAAGUUCACAACACCUCAUCUUACAUUUUUCCUUUUAAACCCUUUGUCUACUUAAGAUAAGAUGUUAUCUAAGUUUUAAAAUACACUGCUGUGUCUAAUGUACAGAUCUGAAGUAUGUGCGUGUGUGCAUGUGUGUGUGCUUGUGUGAAAGAGAAAAAGAAUUUUAACAUGAACUAUAAACUGCAUCAGCAUUCUCAUUUGCCUCUCCCCACCUCACCUCAUCUCAGACCUGGUUCUCUAACAGCCCUUGAAGCAAUGACUUUACUCAUGGCCAUGGGUCUGCACAACUUCUCUCCUUCAGCACUACAUGUACAUAGCUUCACCAUCAUGUGUUACUGGGACCUGAUGACACUCUGGCUUGAAGGUUCACUAAUGUGUUGGUGGUGUGUGGUGCUGGAUGUUGUGAAAAGAGAGAAAGAGAAAGGGAGAAAGAGAGAAAGAGGGAGGAGAUGGUUGCUCAUUGGUUGGCUCACUGAUAGUCUCUAUAAUGGUAUAUAAUGCAUUAUUCGUAUCCCCCUCCCUUCGUGUCUGUUCAUUGCAACACAAACACACUCAGUCAUUGUUAUCAUUGUGAUCUUAGGUGUUGAACACACACACACACACACACACACACACACACACACACACACACACACACACACACACACACACACACACACA